CCAAGCAGGGGCCGUGCGUAAUGGGUGUUCUUCACUUGUUCUUGGAGGCAUUCAAAUCACGGGUGUAUCCGUACUGUGUGUGCACCAUCUUAUCAUCUCGCCUCUAUUCUCGCCCUUGGUUUUGUUGUCCGGACAGUCAGGGUGAGCGCAGGAAACCCGGCCGCUUGUGCUUACUUGCCUUGCACCUUGCACCCAGGCCAGGUAUAUCGCGCAUCAACAAGACGUAUCUACACACCAGCAAUCGAUAACAUUUUGAAGCCCGCCCGCUGGUUCCAGAUGUCCCUUGGCUUUUUGUCGGGUCAUGCUAUGCCCAAUGCGGAAUGGUGCUCUUGGCCCUGGCCAGCCCGCGCUCAACGCCUGCGGUACGGGGGUACAUCGGCCCACUGUGCGGUGCGAUGGCGCACCCGUGGCAGGGGGCCGGAGCUCCCAAUCCUGGUCCGCAGCCCCCCAGCCUGGCAGCCAGCUCUGUCCGCCCCAACGAGAAACGGGGAGCGAGAAAAGAAAAAAGAUCGCACGCCGAAAACUCCCUAACAUCGGGACCUCUCCUCCAUCACCACCGACCCUUGUGCAAGGCGACGCCCGCGCUCACUCACUCACCCACCCACCCACCUCCCUCUCCUCCGUCGUCUUUUGCAUCUGCUCGACUCCCCUUCCUGGGCCUCCCUCCUCUUGAGCAGAUUGAGCAGAGCAGUCCAUCAUCUAAUUGUUGCCGCCCUGCCGCCCUGCCAAAGGACCACAAUUCCCCCCCGGUCCCCUCGUCAGUCUGGUCUGGUGUGACUUGCUCUCAGCGCACGCCCGGACUUCCCACCUCUGUUCGAUCCCCGAGACUCAUUUUUCCCGCAACCACAACCCACACCAGCCCAACAUGCUCGGCCCAAUACUUCGAAGGCAAGUCCUUCACUCGCGAACAGCCCUCCGACAAGCCCUGCCCACCACCUCCAGCCUGGCAAGAUGGUACGCCUCCUACCCGCCUCACACCGUCGUCAAGAUGCCCGCCCUCUCGCCAACCAUGACCGCCGGCAACAUUGGCGCCUGGCAGAAGAAGCCCGGCGACUCCAUUGCCCCUGGCGAUGUGCUGGUCGAGAUCGAGACCGACAAGGCCCAGAUGGACUUUGAGUUCCAGGAGGAGGGCGUGCUGGCCAAGGUCCUCAAGGAACAGGGCGAGAAGGAUGUCGCCGUCGGUAACCCAAUCGCCAUCCUGGUCGAGGAGGGUGCCGACAUCUCUGCCUUCGAGGGCUUCUCCAUCGCCGACGCCGGCGGUGACGCCGCCGCCCCGGCCGAGAACAACAAGGAUGAGCCAAAGAAGGACCAGUCCUCCGCCCCCGCCCCCGCUCCCGAGCCUGCGCCGGAGCCCGAGGACACCACCUCCUCGGGCCGGCUCGAGACUGCCCUGCAGCGGGAGCCCAACGCCGUCCCCGCCGCCAAGCGACUGGCCAUCGAGCAGGGCAUCAAGCUGUCCUCGGUCAAGGGAACCGGGCCCGGCGGCAAGAUCACCGAGGAGGAUGUCAAGAAGGCAUCCGCCGCCCCUGCCGCUGGAGCUGCCGCUUCUGGUGCCGCAUACGAGGACAUCCCUCUCAGCGGCAUGCGCAAGACGAUUGCCAACCGUCUGCAGCAGUCCGUCCGCGAGAACCCCCACUUCUUCGUCUCCUCGUCCAUCUCCGUCAGCAAGCUUAUGAAGCUCCGCCAGGCCCUGAACAGCUCGGCCGAGGGCAAGUACAAGCUCAGCGUCAACGACUUCCUCAUCAAGGCCAUCGCCGCCGCCGCCAAGAAGGUCCCCGCUGCCAACUCGUCCUGGCAAAACGACACCAUCCGUCAGUACAACACUGUCGAUGUCUCCGUCGCUGUCGCAACCCCCACUGGCCUCAUCACGCCCAUCGUCAGGGCUGCCGAGGGCAAGGGCCUCGAGGCCAUUUCCGCCUCGGUCAAGGACCUCGCCAAGCGUGCGCGCGACAACAAGCUGAAGCCCGAGGAGUACCAGGGUGGCUCCAUCUCCAUCUCCAACAUGGGCAUGAACCCCGCCGUCGACAGCUUCACCGCGAUUAUCAACCCUCCUCAGUCUACGAUACUGGCCAUUGGCGCCCCCAAGAAGGUCGCCGUCCCGUCCGAGAACGAGGGCGGUGUUGCGUGGGACGACCAGAUCACAAUCACCGGUAGCUUUGACCACAAGGUUGUGGACGGCGCGGUCGGCGCUGAGUUCAUGAAGGAGCUGAAGAAGGUUAUCGAGAACCCCCUUGAGCUUCUGCUGUGAGAAAGGUGAGGGUAGACGGCGUCGCUGCUGGCGAUGCGAAGGGCAGCUGUUGGGGGGUCAUUUCCGUCUUGGAGUAGACACACGCUGAGCAAUCCCAGGGUGUAUGUACUAAUACCAAUUCAGUUCCUCGCGGGCGUACAUGUUCGAUCCAAAUGAGCCACCAACAAAGAACCACCCAAGUAGCUAGUGUAAAAACUUGAUGCUAAUUGUUUCAUUGUA